CUGCCGCGGGCGGCUCCUCAGGCCGGGCUCCCGCCCCUGUGGCCUCUCCCCGCUCCUCGGGCUGCGGCUCCGCUCCGUUUCGGUGAGCGCUGGUAGCGCUGCGGCUUGUCCUUAUACCUGCCUUGGCCUCCUCCAAGGCUGCCCAUUCGCCUUAAAGUCAGAAUACCGCGUAAAGCUGGCAAACCUGAAAAUAAUCCUUCCUUUUAAUAAUUGGCCUGGAGACUUCCACCAGCUGAGGGAUGGAGGUGCCUCUGGAGUUGGCUUUGCAAUUCAGGAAGAUUUUCUUCCAGCAAGGAUGGAUGAAGGUAUAACUGCUACUGAAGGUGGAUUUUAAAGGAGGUCUGAUGACAACAAAAGCAAACUCUCCUGUGACAGCAGGAUCUAUAGUUGUCCCUUACGGGCAUGUGAUUGGAAAUGAGAAGUGGAGAGGGUCAGAGGUAGCCCAAAGGCUACAAGGGAAAGUUAGACUCAUCUUUGAAGAUGGCUUGGGACUGGUGGACUUUCAUCUUCCGAACAGGACUUGCAUUUUACUUAUUUCUGAAGCAGAUUUGGUUGCAGGGGAUGAAUUCAAACGAAGAUUGGUUAAGUUUAGAAAUACCAGCAGUCUUAGGGGAAUUAUAAUUGUAGAGAAAACCCAAAUCAGUGAUCAGUACUACCUAGGAGUACAAAAACUUGUUGUACUCGAGCUUGGAAUGGUGUUGCUUCCUGUGGCAAAUCAAGGAGAAGCUUCUCAGCUAAUUAUUCAACUAGUGCGGGAGCAGAGCCGGGAUCGCACCAACCCCUUCCUUGGCAAGCAGCGCACCCAGCUGCCAGAACCCGCAGUGCUCCAGGCGGCGCAGCACAUUCCCGGAGUCGGGAAAACGAAAGCUCUGCUUUUACUGCAGCGCUUCGGAAGCAUCCAUCGGCUUUGCAACGCGUCCCUCGAUGAGCUGGAGCAAGUAGUUGGACAGACAGUAGCACAACAAAUUUAUACUUUUUUACACUCCUGACAUGCACGCGCGGUGGUAUUUUGCAAAACGGAAAUUUGGGGGUUUUUUUCUUCUGAAUUAUACAUUUUGGUUUUAAUAAUCCCAUAUUAUGUUAAUUUCUGUAAUCAUGGCUAGCAGCAACUGGACUCUGAUGCUUCUUUUUUACAUCUGCUCUGUUCAUAUAGAUCAAGCUGUGCAGAUUGCCUUGGAAAGAAGUCUGUAAAGGAUUUUGCAUCCUUUUGUUCCUAUCUGGAACAAAAAAACCCAAGAAAGCUGUCUUUUUCAGCAUCUGUGUUAAAAAAUGGAAGAGUAAUAUGCUCGCUCACUUUGGUCUUCCAGAAAAACACACCAUGUGAAUACAUGCAUAGUAACUUCUCAGUAACUGGAAAUAUGUUACAUGUUUAUUAGAAGGUAGCUUAUAUUGCUUUAUAGUAACAUCUUUGAUUUAUAACUUUUUGAAGUUCCUUUGGAAAGUCCUACUGGAACACAGGUUUGACUUUACACUAACUUCUAUCUCUGGUCAUCCCUCCAGUUCACGGGGUGUUAACAAAUUCAUUCCCAUGGGUCUGAUAUCCAAAAUAUUCAUGUUGUCCUUUUGAAUAUAGCUUGGCAUCCUAAUAAUAAAUUGCAAAAUAUUUUGACAUAUUAAUUAUAAAUUUUAAUAUGUUAAUUAUACUAUCAAUUGUACUAUAAUACACAUUACAAAGAAAAUAUGGGAACUUUUGAACAAAAUCCAUAAUUCAUACUACUCUUCCAGUAUUAAUAUUUUGAAAAUUUAUUUGUAAAGAGGAUUGGUUUUUCUGACAUCUUGCAUUUUAAGUUAUAUUCUUAUCCUGUUUUCUAAGGGUAAAAUUGCCUUUUUCCUUGAGGAGGUGUGUGAAAAGCAUCUUUCAUACCACUUGGGAGUUCACAGCAGGAAGGCAGCUGAGUAGGACUUUCCACUCCCUUUUGUGGGAGCCUUGGCACCUCUGAAAGGCAUCUCUUACACUGGUUACCAUGGACAGCAGGUGUACCUGUUCUUUGUAUUGAUUCUGUACUUGGGAUGAAAAUUUGUCUGUAACUUAAGACAUAAUUAUUUAAUUUAGUGAUUAAUAAACAUCAGAACUGGCAAAAGUACAGAAAAAUAUACUCUUUUUUUCAGGCAACUAGGGAGUACUUUAAGCUUCUUUAUACAUGAGUUUGCUCAGAUUUUAUGCCCUCUAUAGUUUUGUCACAUUGCUGUGAAGACUGGAUUUCACAUCUAAAGGCAUGUGGUUAUUAUGUUGCAAGAAAAACACCUUUCCCCUAUGACAAAGGGCCAUCUGCUCAGUGCAUUAAAUAGAGA